CGUGAUCUACUGGUUGGUGACCAUGGACCUAGAUGGUGAUGGGAAUUUUGGGUGUGUCUUUACUAAGGGAGCCCUGGAACAUACACAUUGGCUGAUGCCCUGUGCAACCUGAGCCUGGGAGGGGGUUUUACCAGGUGACACUUUUUGCCAGGGAAGCAGGGCAAAGUCCAGAGGAGGGAUCUGGCUGGAGGCUGGGACCAGGCUGCUGGGGUUUGAGGCCAGGCACUGCUUGGUGUGCGCACAGAGCGACAGGGAGGGACCAUCCCAGGUGAGGUGGAGCCUGUUUUCCUGAGCCUUGUGGGAACCUGCCGCAGCUUCUCUGUCCCAUGGUGCUUUCUGAGAUGACCUCCAAUUGCACCCCGGGUGUCUCGGCGGUCCCUGUCUUCGUGGGGCUCUACACCAUCAUCUUCACACUGGGGCUGGUGCUCAACCUGGUCGCGCUCUACAUCUUCUGCUGCUGCAGCAGCGUGUGCUCCCUCACCACGGUCUACAUGAAGAACCUGGCCGUGUCCGACCUGCUGCUGGUGGUCUCGCUGCCUGUCCGCAUCUACUACUACAGCAAGCAGCCCUGCCUGGGACGCCAGGUCUGCGAGCUCACGGGCCUGCUGCUGCUACUCAACAUGUAUGGCAGCAUCUUCCUGCUCACCUGCAUCAGCUGGGAUCGCUGCAUGGCCGUCUGCUUCCCCAUGCAUGCCCGGGUCAAGGCGCUGCGCAAGCAGGCCAAGUACAUCUGCCUGGGCGUCUGGCUGGUGAGCUGUGCUGGCACUGUGCCCACCUACUUCACCCAGAAAGACCAUAAUAACUUCACUUCCUGCUUUGACAGCCGGCCUCAGUACGUCACCCAGCGCGGCGUCUCCUUUGCCAUGAUGUUCUGCUUUGCUGUGCUGCUCCUGGUCAUGAUGCUGUGCUCCUGGGCUCUGCUGCGGGCUGUGCGCCGCAGUGCGGCCGCCCGCAUGGAACUGGUCAACAGCGCCAAGAUCCGCAGCAUGAUCGUGGCCAACGUCACCAUCUUCCUGGGCUGCUUCCUGCCUUUCCAUCUGGUGCUGCUCUGCUACCAGGUGCAGGACCUGCAGAGUGAAGCGCUGGACGUAGCCUACCGCUGCACCUUGCUAGUUGCCUCGGCCAAUGCCGCUCUGGACCCGCUGGCCUAUUACUUUGCCACUGAGACCUUCCAGCGCAUGAUGGUGAUUGACAAUCUACGGGCCUGGGGCUUGCUUGGCGACAGCACUGAGGGCCAUAGCCGCUCCCAGACAACCCUAGGCCAGUGCAUCUACCUGCAAAACAUCAUGGUCCUGCCGAGCAGCAGUCCACUGGUGGGCAGCCCCAGCAGGGGGUCCCAGAACUAAUGGGCUGGGCUGCAUAACAAGGGCAUUUCUAGGGCACUGCUGAGAGGGUCAGAUCAGGGCAAAUUGCUUAGAGACAGGGCUACUUGCAGCCCAGGACUGGGGCUCUGCCUCCCUAUGGCACCGAACCAGGCCCAGAGCGCCUCUGUUUGCCACUCUGGCCAGCUGGAAGUCACACAAACAAUCCCCUUAGACAUUGCAGCUUUCCCGAGCCACCACAGAUGUGAGGUACUGAAAACCAGUCUCCCCAAAUCCAAACAGUUUCUUCCGACCAGCCACACUCCCAGGACUAUUUAUGCCUCAGCUCUUGCCCAAAAGAAUCUAACUUCUAAGGGUUUAUUCACAAAAAGAGAGAAAGAAAAGAUUAAAGUUCUAAAAGGAAUCGAACACACCCACCGAUUGCACAGUGCUUGGUGCAGGCCCAUAGCAGAGAUAGGAUAGUCUGAUAUUUUAGAUCAAAUCUCUGGAACACAUCCUCUGUUGGGAUGGGUCAUUCGUCCUUCUGGGCUUCAGUUCACAGCUGAGACCCUUCAGAGGCGAUGAGCUGGCUUGAAGACAGGAUUGAAGACAAAUGGAGGCUCCUCCAGGGCUUUUCUAAUACCCUUGCCCACGUGGAGGGACUCCCAUUGUUCUUGCUAAGUGAAAGCAUGUCCCUAAGAUAGAGUUUGUCACAUGAACCAAUCACUGUCCAUGUCCUUCUUAGACAAGUGGCCAUUGUGAACAUGCCGAGAUGAGUAGUCACAGCAAAGCUCAGCCGAGGUGGAUCGGCACCAUUGAGGUGCAUUGUCAGCAAAGCACCCCUAGUCACUUGGCUGGCCACCCUUUCACAAUAGGUGGGUCAAGUCUGGUGGUGUCUCCCAGGAGCAAAUAUUUGAAAUACAAGUACAGCCACGAUACUCAUAAUGUCACAUACAGAAAGAAGUCCUGUCUAUGAGCAGCACAAUUAGAAUCAGUGAAUUGUCGUCUCUCACUAGAUAACUCACUAGGCUCACUUUGUACAAGCUUUGGUGCAAACACAGAACAGUGAUUGCAACAAUCAUAAACUCAUGGGGCUGGAAGAGACCUCAGGAGUCAUUGAGUCCAGCCCCCUGCC